CGUCGACAAAAAAAAAACCUCAACAGAAUUUACGCGUUCUUCUCUCUCUCUCUCACACAACACACACACACUUUCUAUCUCUCUUUCUCUUAAAGCCUAAACCCUAGACAGAUUUUUUUUUUCUCUCCCGCUCGAUAAACGCGAUCGAUUUCGCUCUCAUCUGGACGUGAAUUUGGUAUAUGGAUGAUAAGGAUAAGGUUGAUCAAAUCUCCGGCGGAUUCUCCUCCGAUCCUACGUGGACGUUCCAAGGCGAUUACAGCUUUUUCGGGAGUGAUGUUAGAGAAAAUAGUGUACUGAGUGAGUUUGGAUGGAGCUUUCAGCCACCGCCGGCGGCGUUUGAUCGGAUCGAUUCAGACGUGUCGUUGCCGGAGGUAGGUGUAGGAGGCGUUGUUGGUAGUGAUCAAGUGCGUACUGGAUCUGUGGAUGAUCAGGCUGCAGGGGAUGUAUCGAUGUCGACUCCGAUGGUUUCGUCGAGUUCGUCGGAGGAUCGAGUUGAGACUUCCACGGCUUCAGGUGGCGCCGCCUCCGGUGGUAAACCUCCAUCGUCAGAGAGAGCGAGUAAGGUUAAAAAGAAGGGACCCAAAAAAAUCCGUCAGCCACGUUUUGCAUUCAUGACCAAGAGUGAAAUUGAUCAUCUUGAAGAUGGUUACAGAUGGAGAAAAUAUGGGCAGAAAGCUGUUAAAAAUAGCCCAUAUCCAAGGAGCUAUUACCGUUGCACAAACAGCAAAUGCACAGUGAAGAAAAGAGUUGAGCGUUCAUCUGAUGACCCUACAAUUGUAAUCACUACAUAUGAAGGCCAACACUGUCACCACACUGUUGGGUUUCCAAGAGGACUAAUGACUCAUCAUGAAACUGUAUAUGCAAGACAAUUAGCCCCUUCUUCAGCCUUGCAGCCAGUCAACUAUUCUAGACCACAUUUCCCUAAUCUAGUGGAUGUUGUUCGUGCCUCACAAUCAAGACCACAAUUAGUACUAUCAAAUGAAUCAAGAGAUCACAAUAUACCUCAAUCAUCCUCUCAAGAUUCUCAUGUAGAUCAAGGAUUACUUGGUGAUAUUGUGCCUCCCAGAAUGCGCAACCAAUGAUGUAUAGGUAGCGACUUUUUCUUUUUGUUGUAUCAACAAAACGAGAAUAGCAAUCCAAUUCAUGGACUAUUAAGGAGAUCUAUUGUACUGAUCGACCACAGUUAUAUCCCACCAAGACACAUGAAUGAAGCUUUUAGUGAUGUCACUGAAAUCAUUUCAAUUCAUAUGUGAGUCCACUAAUUAAAUUGCUUCUAUCUCUUUGUAGUUUAUACCACCGGCCCUCAAUUCUUAACCACUUUUGAGAUCAUUAAAUCUCAAGACUAUUACUGUAUAUGUUGUAUUAUUAUAAUAAUCAUUGAUAAUGUUGCUUUUGAUUUUAUAAAAAAAAU